UGUUUCAGCUGCUGUCAACCAGUGCUGCAUCGGAAACGGCACGAGAAAGAGGCUGUAGUUGAUCACGUACGAACAAAGGGACCGAUUGGUGGAAGCUCAGUGACGCUGACCACCUGCUGCCGAACGCUGCUACAAGCUCGAAUACUUCUCGCACCACCAGACACUCGAACAGGUCAACAUGUCAGCCAAAGCCAUUCGAGAGUUUGACGCCAAGCUCCUGCUGGCCUACUGGCUUACGCGAGCACCGGAUGUGUCGAGCACCGUCACCGCACGCAAAGGCUUCGCUGUGCCCACCCCUCGCGUUGCACAGGUCGCGUGGGACAGCGCAACCGACACGAUCACGCCUGACGAUGCUUUGCCCGCAUGGGUCCAUUCUACCAAGCUCGUCGUCAAGCCAGAUCAAUUGAUCAAGCGUCGGGGCAAGAGUGGUCUCCUCUUGCUCAACGCCGACUGGAAAGACGCAAAGAAGUGGAUACAAGAGCGCGCUGGCAAGGCCGUCCAGGUCGAGUCGACAACGGGUACAAUCAACACUUUUAUCGUCGAGCCCUUCCUGCCACACCCGUCCCAUACCGAGUACUACGUCUGCAUCAACUCUGUCAGAGAAGGCGACAUCAUCCUAUUCACCCACGAAGGCGGUAUAGAAGUCGGAGACGUCGACGCAAAGGCGCUCAAGCUGCUCAUCCCCGUAGACGGAUCCUUGCCAUCUCGCGAGACGAUUAGCUCGACGCUGCUCACUCACGUGCCUGAGGACAAGAAGGAAGUCCUGGUCGACUUCCUCAUCCGCCUCUACUCCGUCUAUGCGGACCUGCACUUUGCUUACCUUGAGAUCAACCCCUUGAUCUGCCUCGAUGCAACCGCGGAUGCACCGCCUGCCAUUCACUAUCUCGACAUGGCCGCUAAGCUCGACCAGACCGCCGACUUUAUUUGCGGUCCCAAAUGGUCCAUCGCACGCGACCCAAAGCUCUACAACCCUUCAGCCGCUGCGCCACUCACCAAUGGUACUUCGACCAAGAUCUCUGCAGACCGGGGCCCUCCCAUCGUCUUUCCUGCACCCUUUGGCCGCGACCUGACCAAGGAGGAGGCGUGGAUCCAGAAACUCGAUGGCUCUACGGGCGCUUCCCUCAAGCUCACUGUGCUCAACCCGAAUGGUCGCGUCUGGACGAUGGUCGCAGGCGGUGGUGCUUCAGUCGUCUACUCAGACGCUAUUGCUGCUCAUGGCUUUGCGAAUGAGCUUGCCAACUAUGGCGAAUAUUCUGGCGCGCCUACCGAGAAUCAGACGUACGAGUACGCAAAGACGAUCCUCGAUCUCAUUACACGCGGCAAGGUCCGCUCAGAUGGCAAGGUACUCAUUAUCGGAGGUGGUAUCGCCAACUUCACCAACGUCGCUUCGACCUUUAAGGGCAUCAUUCGAGCACUCAAACAGUUUCAAUCCGGUCUGCAGGCUCACAAAGUCAGAAUCUUUGUUCGACGUGGAGGUCCCAACUAUCAAGAGGGUCUCAAGGCAAUGAGACUGCUCGGCGAGACACUCGGUGUUGAGAUCCAAGUCUUUGGCCCAGAUACUUUCAUCACAGAGAUUGUGCCUCUUGCACUUGGCGUCAACAAGCCUUCUGCAGCGCCUCAGCUCAAUGGUCUCCUGACGACUCCCUCGAAGCAGGGCGGUACGAUGUCAGGCACGAUGACGCCGGCACCCCCUUCGCCUUCCGUCGAGUCAAUGGGCGAUCCUCUUGCUGGUCAUCAGAACGGAAACAUCGUCAGCUUUGGCCAUGGUAAGACUCAUCAGCGACCUGCGUUCAAGCCUUUCGAUGCAGACACUCGCUCGCUCGUCUACGGUCUUCAGCCUCGUGCUAUCCAAGGCAUGCUCGACUUUGAUUAUGCUUGCGGCCGCAAGACGCCCUCCGUCGCUGCUAUGAUCUACCCUUUCGGAGGUCAUCAUGUCCAAAAGUUCUACUGGGGCACGCGAGAGACUCUCUUGCCAGUCUAUACAUCCAUCGGCGAAGCAGUCAAGAACCACCCCGAUGCAGACGUGCUCGUCAACUUUGCAUCGAGCCGUUCAGUCUAUCAGUCGACGCUUGAAGUCUUGCAGUUCCCUCAGAUCAAGGCUGUCGCACUCAUUGCAGAAGGCGUGCCAGAGCGACACGCCAGAGAGAUCCUGCAUGCUGCCAUUGCAAAGGGCGUCAUCAUCAUCGGCCCCGCGACUGUCGGUGGCAUCAAGCCAGGCUGCUUCAGAAUUGGCAAUACGGGCGGUAUGAUGGACAACAUCCUCGCAUCGAAGCUGUACCGAGCAGGCUCGGUCGCCUACGUCUCUAAAUCCGGUGGCAUGUCCAACGAGCUCAACAACAUCCUCUCGCUCACAACCAACGGUACCUACGAGGGUAUUGCCAUCGGCGGUGAUCGAUAUCCUGGCACAAGCUUCAUCGACCACUUGCUCAGAUACGAAGCCGAUCCUGAUGUCAAGCUGCUCGUCUUGCUGGGCGAAGUCGGUGGUGUCGAAGAAUACCGCGUCAUCGAAGCUGUCAAGUCAGGACAGAUCAAGAAGCCUAUCGUCGCAUGGGCAAUCGGCACUUGUGCUUCCAUGUUUGCUACAGAAGUCCAAUUCGGCCACGCUGGAUCGAUGGCCAACUCUGACCUCGAGACGGCUGCAGCCAAGAAUCGCUCGAUGCGAGCAGCCGGCUUCAUCGUGCCAGACACUUUCGAAGAUCUGCCCGUCGCACUCACCAAGGUCUACGAGCAGCUUGUUGCCAACGGCGAGAUUUCCCCGAAGCCAGAGCGAGACCCGCCUUCGAUCCCUAUCGACUACAAAUGGGCGCAAGAACUUGGCAUGGUUCGAAAGCCAGCCGCGUUCAUCUCGACCAUCUCUGAUGAGCGCGGUCAAGAGUUGCUCUAUGCUGGCAUGCGCAUCUCAGACGUCUUCAAGGAGGACAUUGGUAUUGGUGGUGUGCUCGCAUUGCUCUGGUUCAAGCGAAGACUGCCUGCACAUCUGUGCAAAUUCAUCGAGAUGUGUCUCUGUCUCGUUGCCGAUCACGGUCCGGCCGUCAGUGGCGCCAUGAACACCGUCAUCACCACCCGCGCUGGCAAGGAUCUCGUCUCGUCGCUCGUCUCGGGUCUGCUGACGAUUGGUUCUCGCUUCGGCGGUGCUCUGAGCGAUUGCGCAACUGCAAUGACCGGCGCGUACGAUCAAGGUCUUAGCCCCCGCGAGUUUGUCGACUCCAUGCGCCGCGCGAACAAGCUCAUUCCCGGUAUCGGACACAAGAUCAAGAGCAAGACGAACCCAGACGCUCGCGUCGAGCUCGUCAAGGAAUUUGUCAUCAAGACUUUCCCGGAGCACAAGCUGCUCGACUAUGCACUGGCUGUCGAAGAAGUUACGAGCGCCAAAAAGGACACGCUCAUUCUCAAUGUCGAUGGCUGUAUUGCGGUCUGCUUUGCCGAUCUCUUGCGUGACAGUGGCUCGUUCACUCCGCAAGAAGCUCAAGAGUAUCUCGAAAUGGAGACGCUCAACGGACUCUUCGUGCUUGGUCGCUCGAUCGGCUUCAUCGGACAUCACCUCGAUCAGCGCAGACUCAAAGCAGGUCUAUACAGACACCCGGCAGAUGAUAUUUUCCUUGACCUGCCACCCCAGAGUGCCAAUCUCUCUCAAAAUCGCGUCAUUCUCCAGCCAAGAACCUAGAGAGACGAUACAUGUCGACGUCCCGAACAAUCUGAUUGUGCUUUCUGUAUGCAACUCCG